AUGGACAGCAGGAUGUUUUCUGGUCUGACCGGUCUGAAUUACAGCUUCAACCUGAGCGAUGACCCGGGGCUGGCGGACGCGCCUGCGGGCAGGGGGAAGCUCUCCCCGACGGGCUUCGUCGUGUUGUCCGUGGUGCUGGGCUUCAUCAUGACUUUCGGUUUCCUGAACAACUUCAUCGUGCUGCUUCUGUUCUGCAAAUUCAAGAAGCUGCGGACGCCGGUGAACAUGCUGCUGCUGAACAUCAGCGUCAGCGACAUGCUGGUGUGUUUGUUCGGCACCACCCUCAGCUUCGCCUCCAGCGUCCGCGGGAAGUGGCUGCUGGGGCGCAGCGGCUGCAGCUGGUACGGCUUCAUCAACUCCUGCUUUGGUAUUGUUUCGCUGAUCUCUCUGGUUAUCCUCUCCUACGACCGCUACAGCACUCUGACUGUGUACAACAAGGGUGGGCUGAACUACCGCAAGCCGCUGCUGGCUGUCGGGGGCUCCUGGCUGUACUCCUUGUUCUGGACAGUGCCCCCUCUGCUGGGCUGGAGCAGCUAUGGCAUAGAGGGGGCAGGGACCAGCUGCUCUGUGUCCUGGACUGUUCAGACAGCCCAGUCACACGCCUACAUCAUCUGCCUCUUCAUUUUCUGCCUGGGUAUACCUGUCCUGGUGAUGAUCUACUGCUAUGGCAGGCUGUUAUUGGCAGUCAAACAGGUGGGUAAGAUCAGAAAGACUGCAGCCCGGAGGAGAGAGUACCACAUACUCUUUAUGGUUCUGACCACAGCAGCCUGCUACCUGUUGUGCUGGAUGCCUUAUGGUGUGGUGGCCAUGAUGGCCACAUUUGGCCCGCCCAACAUAAUCAGUCCUGUGGCCAGCGUGGUGCCCUCGCUACUGGCCAAGAGCAGCACGGUCAUCAACCCCCUCAUCUAUAUACUUAUGAAUAAACAGUUCUACAGGUGUUUCCUGAUUAUGUUUCACUGUGAUCACUGGUCAGCAGAGAACUGCAACACAUCGAUGCCCUCCAAAACCACGGUAAUCCAGCUGAACCGCAGAGUCUACAGCAACACGGUGGCCUGCACCGCGCAGAUCUCCGCCGACACUCUCAACCAGUGCUGCAGCACUUCGGCCACCAAGCACACAUCCCCGCCCAAGGUCACCACCUGA